GGCCGUUGGAGGUGGGGGCUCCGCGCAUGCGCAGUUGAGAGUUUGACAAGAGAAACGCGGAGUUGUUUUGAGGCUUUGCGGGCCGAGGCCGCGGCUGGUUUUAUAUAAUAAAGGAACGUUUUACACAUAGAAAUAAGAUAACAACGAAGUCUAUCGCGUAUUUAUUUUUGUAUGUUUGUACAUUUGUACUAAUACCAUUUGUUGCUGUGUAGAAGACAUGAACAACAAGUUUGACGCGCUUAAAGAUGAUGAUAGCGGAGACCACGAUAACAAUGAAGAAAAUAGCACACAGAAAAACAGUGAAAAGGAAAAAUCGCCGAAUGCAUCACGGCACAAAUUCGCGUGUGCCCGACUCCCGCAGGUCACGGUGCCGGGGCCCGGGGAGCACCCGCUGCAGUACAACUACUCGCUGUGGUUUUCUCGGCGGACCCCCGGUCGGCAGGCCUCCAAACAGAACUACGAGCAGAACAUCAAGCACAUCGGCACCUUUGCUUCCGUGGAGAUGUUCUGGAGGUUUUACAGCCACAUCGUGCGUCCCAGUGACCUGACGGGGCACAGCGAUUUCCAUCUGUUCAAAGAGGGCAUCAAACCAAUGUGGGAGGACGAUGCAAACAAGAGCGGGGGCAAGUGGAUCGUGCGGUUACGGAAGGGGCUGGCGUCACGCUGCUGGGAAAACCUCAUUCUGGCCAUGCUGGGGGAGCAGUUCAUGGUUGGGGAGGAGAUCUGUGGUGCCGUCGUCUCCCUACGAUUCCAGGAGGACAUUAUUUCCAUCUGGAACAAGACUGCGAGCGACCAGGGAACGACAUCGCGAAUACGAGACACUCUGAGACGCGUGCUGAACCUGCCUCCAAACACCAUCAUGGAGUACAAGACUCACACGGACAGCAUAAAGGACAACUCAAGUUUUCGCAACACGGAGGUGUUCCGCAGGGACAUCGUGACGCUGUCGCGGACGGACGACGCAUCCUCCCGGACGGUUCGUGUUUGGUGAUCUCACAGCGCGUGCCGCGGUGACAUUUCUUCAACACGGAAAAUUCGAUUUCGCUCAUCGAAAAUUGUCCGUAAUUUUGUCACUUGCACGAACGCGAAAUUUCGUAAGCUGAACGGUCGUAAUUCGAGGGAUACCUGUACCUGUGUUGAACAUUCUAUGAAGACCAAGGGUAUGGGGUCGCUGUUAAACUCAAGCCACUGCAAUCAAAGUUCUGCCUUUAAUGAAUCAGCCACCGCUUCCACACGGGGCCCACAUAGUUGGAAGAGGUCAGGGCAGUACAUCUUGACUCACAAUAUCUUAAAAAAUAUAUAAUACUCAAGAUGUUCAUCCUAUAUUAAUGCUGAAGGUGUAACAAUUCGUAAUUUCAUGUAAUGGGUUCACGUAAUCUCUUGCAGCCAAGUGGCGUCCGCUGACAUUCCCCCGCAGUGUAAAACAAAAUAACCGAUCUUGAAUUGUGAUCCUAAUGGUGACUUUUCAUAAUUUCACCAAGGGGUUGAAUAGUUACACCUCUCGUAAAUAGAAAAACUACUUUAAAGCAAUUCCAAAGUUGCCAUGUCUCGUCAUACGAGUUGUUAAAAUAAUCUUCAACUGUUGUGUUUGAAACCAAGGAAUUUAUUUGUCAUGGGGUUUAUUUUGUAGUCGUGGUGUUUUUUUUUGCAUUUGGAUUUUUUUUUAAAUGUGGGUAAGCGAGGGUUGGGAAUUACAAAAGUUUCAACAUCACCUCCGCUACGCUGAUUGCAACAAUGUAUACAUGUUUUCAAACAAUGGUCAACAGGUAUGCAGAGGUCACAUCAGCCGAACGUUAGCUUCCUGUUGCAGUUUACUCGGCUGAAGGACAAAAACUAUUUUUCCUGCAUUCCAGUCCACAAAUUUAAUUGCUAAUUCUCAAAUCAUCAUCAUCGGUUCUAUGCAGCAUCGUGAGUUCUAUGCAGCAGGCUCAUUACACAAGAUGUCUUAAGUUAUGGUUGGCUUUUAUUGAAUAACAUCCACAGUAAUUUGGUUUCACAGAUUUCUGUCUUUCGUUGGCCAUUGCCUUGAGGCCGGGUCGCGGUGAAAAAUGAUUACAUGCCGACCGAGCGCGCGGUAUUUGAGUUGAAGGUUGUGGGAAAGCACUGGUGUUUGGCCAUAUCUCACUCAUGUCAUUGCUUUUAAUGGAAAUAACAUAGCACUUUUUACUUUUCAUCGUAAUAAAACGGAAGCCGGUACCGUAAA